AUGACACUGACUACCGCAUUGACCUUGAAACAGGUCCUCGAGGAGUUGGUAGACUUGCGCUCGAGCCUGGUGACCGGUUCAGCGAGUUAUUACGUGGCGCCCACUAAGAGCUCAGUAGCGACGCAGUAUGAGAUUGGGCCCAAUUGCACGAGAUUGUUGCAAACGCAGGAUCCAUUUGGUACAAUCGCCGCUAACGCCGAUAAGCAUACUCUGACCAGUGUGUUUGCCGAUGAGACUUCUGUAUUGAAGGGUCUUCCACACUUGUACACUCUGAGAGGGUACCCUGUCGUGAUCAAUGUUGACUUGGAUUUACAGGACUACUCCGUGAUCCCAGCAUUAAAAGAUUUGGAUUUCCCGACAUUCGUCUCUUAUAGCUUGGAUGACGUGGCAGAAAACGGUGCCUCUGCAUAUGAGAUUGCUUUAAAGACUGCAACCCCCGUGUUCCAUUUUAUCGAUUUCGUAAGGGCCUCCGAACAAACUUUACAAGAUGAAUUGAAAUUACCAGACUUGGACAAAGAGACCGUUGAAACUGCAGUCGCUCCAUUUGAUGUCUUAGCAUCCCCUGCAGAACCUACCGUCUUGGUUAUUAAUCUCUCUCCAUACGGUUCACAAUUGGCCGAGUUUGCACCCGGUUUAAAAGUUCUGCUAUUGAAUAUAAAGACGUAUCGUCCAUGGAAAUUCGAGGCAUUCGUUUCCACACUCCCAUCCACAAUCACUAAGAUCGUGGUCCUACAACGGUCCAAUGAAACACAAACGGGGUUUUCCCCAUUGCUCCUAGACAUCUUUCAAGAUUUCGGUAUUUUGGCCCAAAAGAAUAUAGACCAGGUCGUCUUGACUAACCUUGGUGUAUUGGAGCAAAAUGACAAGACUGUUUUACAAAAGAUCGUGGACAACGUCAGGAGUGAUAACCCAGAUCAACACCUGUACCUAGGAAAGCCAACCACUUCUCCAGCGGCGACUCAAUUCGCCGAGUCCGUGGCCAACGUCGUGAAACUGGAAACCGCAUACUUGAAGGUGCUGCAUGAGUUGUUCUCCACGAACCUGGACAUCAUCAACGAGUACGGCAGCGACACGGCCAACGUGGCCGCACCAGAGUACGGGUUUGGCUCUUUCUUGAGACAAGACGAAGCGAGAGGCGAGCUGGUCGCCCUUGUCAAGAAGUCGCUCGACCCCUCACUGUACCACACCGAGGACGCUGGGGAGCUCGUGCAACUCCUGUCCCAGUGGGUGGCGCUUCACGACGCGAACCUGGGCGAUGCGGAGCUCGGCGCAGCCAACGAGGUCGCCGCCAAGAUCUUCAACAUUUUGCAGUCGAACCAGGACUCCGCCGUUGCGCUGGACCUGCUGAAGGUGGCGCCGCGCGAGGAGUGCUUCCAGUUCAAGUCGCACUGGCUCGUCGGCUCCGACGCCUGGUCCUACGACCUGGGCCACUCCGGGGUCCACCAGGUCCUGGCGUCCAAGAAGAACAUCAACUUGCUGAUCAUCGACUCAGAACCGUACGAGAAGAGCAGGGCCAACCCGCGCCACAAGAAGAACGUGGGGCUCUACGCCAUGAACUUCCACGACGUGUACGUCGCGUCCGUCGCGGUGUACUCCUCGUACACACAGCUGCUUGCCGCGUUUCUAGAGGCCUCUGCGUUCAACGGACCCUCCGUGGUGCUAGCCUACCUGCCUUACUCGUCUGAGAAGGACACGCCGCUGGAGGUGCUGCGGGAGACGAAGAACGCUGUUGAGUGCGGGUACUGGCCGCUUUACCGGUACAACCCUGCCAAGGACGCGGACGACGCCGCGUUCACGCUGGACUCCGCCGUCAUCAGAAAGGAAUUGCAGUCUUUCCUGGACCGCGAGAACAAGCUGUCGCUGUUGACCAAGAGGACCCCCGAACUGGCCAGAGACAUUGAGGCGUCGGCCAGCGAUGUCAUCUCGAGAAAGGUUGAGAACCGCGCCAAAGCCGCGUACGACCAGCUGCUGGAAGGGCGUGUCCGGUCCGCCGCUGCACAUCUACUACGCGUCGGACGGUGGCAGCGCCACUGCCUUGGCCAAGAGACUGGGCAAUCGUGCCUCUGCAAGAGGUCUGAAGUCCACGGUUCUCUCCAUGGACGAUAUCAUUCUGGAGGAUCUAGCAGGCGAAGAAAACGUGAUCUUGUCACGUCUACCGCGGGGCAAGGUGAAUUCCCACAGGACGGGAAGACCUUCUGGGAGGAGUUGAAAGGCUCCUUAGACGUGGACCUAGCCUCGCUGAACUUCUCUGUUUUUGGUCUUGGUGACUCCCAAUACUGGCCACGGAAGGAGGAUGCUCGUUAUUACAACAAACCUGCGAAGGACCUGUUUGCCCGGUUAGAAUUGUUGACUGCCAAUCCAAUCGUCCCCCUAGGGCUCGGUGAUGACCAAGACGCUGAUGGGUAUCAAACUGGAUACGCUGAGUGGGAGAAGCAGUUGUGGGAAGUUCUCGGUGUUUCUGGCGCUGAUGUUCCUGAAGACAAACCUUACACCAACGAAGAUAUGAAAAUCAACUCAGAUUUCUUAAGAGGUACAAUUGUGGAAGGUUUGAACGAUCAAUCUACUUUGGCAAUCCAUGCACAUGAUCAGCAAUUGACGAAGUUCCAUGGUUGUUACAUGCAAGAUGACCGUGAUAUCAGAGAUAUUCGUAAAGCUCAAGGUAUGGAGCCGCUGUACAGUUUCAUGUCGAGAGUCAGGUUACCAGGCGGGGUUGCUACCCCAGAACAGUGGUUGGCUGUCAACAGACUAUCUGAUGAAGACGGUAACGGUACUUUAAAGAUAACCACGAGAGCUACAUUCCAACUUCACGGUAUAUUGAAGAAAAACUUGAAACAUAGCAUCAGGGCAAUGAACUCUACUUUGAUGGACACUUUGGCCGCUUGUGGUGACGUUAACAGAAAUGUUAUGUGUUCAGCGUUGCCAGCCAAUGCUAAGGUUCACGAACAAGUUUCUGAAAUGGGUGCUAAGAUCUCGGAACACUUUCUACCAAAGACGACUGCUUACUAUGAAAUCUGGCUGCAGGGUCCUGAUGAGAGAGACUACGACUCCAACUGGGAAGAGAUUUCGGCAACAGAGAAGGCGGCCCAACCAACGAAGAAGGCUCUGGUGGCCGGCAACUCCCUGGUCGACAUCGAGCCGCUUUACAGCCCCGUGUACCUACCAAGGAAGUUCAAGGUCAACAUUACGGUCCCUCCCUACAACGACGUCGAUGUUUGGUCGAGCGAUGUCGGUUUGAUUGCCAUUGUGGACCCUGCGACGGACAUCGUCAAGGGCUACAACAUGUACACAGGUGGUGGUAUGGGUACCACACACAACAACAAGAAGACGUACCCCAGAACAGGUUCGCUGCUUGGGUUUGUCGCGCCAGAGGAGGUCGUGGCUGCCAUCGAGGCUGUCAUGAUAAUCCAGAGGGACAACGGGUCCAGAACGGACCGUAAGCACGCGCGGUUAAAGUACACCAUUGACGACAUGACGAAGGAGGUUUUCAAGGAGAAGGUUGAGGAGCUUUGGGGCCACAAGUUCGACCCAGAGCAGCCAUUCGAGAUCAAGUCAAACAUCGACUACUUCGGCUGGGUCAAGGACGAGACGGGAUUGAACCACUUCACCGCGUUCAUCGAGAACGGUAGGGUGGAGGACACACCGGACCGGGCACAGAAGACGGGUCUACGCAAGAUUGCCGAGUUGAUGCAGAAGCAGGGCUCCGGUAAUUUCAGGCUUACUGGUAACCAGCACGUUGUAAUCUCCAGUAUCAAGGACGAGCACUUGGAUGCGGUCAAGGCGUUGAUGAAGAAGUACUCCCUGGAUAACACGGAACUGAGCGGGCUAAGACAAUCCUCCUCCUCGUGUGUUGGGUUGCCAACGUGUGGUUUGGCUAUGGCCGAAUCCGAACGUUACCUACCCGUUCUAAUCACUCAAAUUGAGGAUGUUCUGGAAGAGUACGGUCUACGUCAUGACUCUAUUGUUUUGAGAAUGACAGGGUGCCCCAACGGUUGUUCUCGUCCAUGGUUAGCGGAAAUAGCGUUGAUUGGGAAGGCCCCACACACGUACAACUUGAUGCUUGGUGGUGGUUACUACGGUGAGAGACUGAACAAAUUGUAUAAAGCUUCGAUCAAGGAUGACGAUAUCCUGGACAUCUUGAAGCCGAUGUUCAAGAGGUGGGUUUUCGAAAGAGAGGAAGGUGAACACUUCGGUGAUUUCGUCGUCAGAGUUGGGAUUAUUAAGCCCACUUUGGAGGGGAAGUACUUCCACGACGACGUCGCUGAGGACGCAUUCUGA